AUGGGAACUCCAGAGCAGAGGUACACGCAGGAGCAGAGGUACGCUCAGCUGGAGAAGUAUCGCCAGAACAGCGAAUACAGCGACCGAUACUCGCCGCAAGAGCUCAAGUACACACGUGACGAGCUGAAGUACAGCCGGGACUACCAACGCGAGGAGAUGAAGAGCCGCGCCUCCUCUUCCUCCUCCUCCUCUUCCUCCUCCCAGCCGCAGUACUACAGCCACCACCAGAGCACGCCUCAACUCUUCCACGAGUCGGAGCGCGCCGACCGCAGCGAUCGCAGCCAGGACUGGGCCCACGCCACGCCACACGUCUCCCAGCACGGAGGGGGCUACGGUCGCACGCACGCACUGAGGAACAGCCCCACACCAUUACGCAGGACGGCCUCCGGGGGGCAGAGCGGCGAGCCAGGCUUGAGCCGCAGCACCUCUGUGACCUCGCACAUGUCCAACGGAUCGCACUUGUCCUACUCAUGA